AUGGGGGCAGCGGCACCCGUCGACGAAGAGCUCGAAGACGAGGAGGUGCUGCUCGAGCCUGAGAACGAGUCAAAGUUACCGCUCGAGGUCGAGGUGCUCGAGGCCGAGGCCGAGGCGGCGCUGCCCGAGCUGGAGCGGCUGGAGGUGGCUGUGGCAGAGCCGGACUUGGAGGAGGAGGUGGAGCUGUUGCUGUGUUUGGGGAAAGAAGAUGUCAGCCAAUUUGCAGAUGCCAAUGGGCAAAGAGGGAGUAAAAAGAGUACUUACGCCUUGGCAGCAGCACAGAACUGGGUCACCUGGUUCUGGACGGACGACCUGGUGGGGUCGUUGGGACAGUUGUUGUAG